CCUCGCCCGCGCAUCCCGCAUCCCACCCUGCAUCCCGCAUCCCACCCUGCAUCCCGCAACCCGCACCCCACGCCGCAUCCCCCCCAUGCCGUGCCGGCGCCCCCCGCGCUGCCCGGCCGCCCUGGUCUCCUACGAGACCCCCAAGGCGCUGGUGGUGCGCAGCGGAGUGGUGGGGGGCGCGCACCGCGCCCUGCAGCUGCUCGUGCUCGCCUACUUCCUCGGGUGGGUGUUCCUGCACGAGAAGGCGUACCAGGUGCGGGACUCGGUCAUCGAGUCCUCGGUGGUCACCAAGGUGAAAGGCGUGGGGCGCUACGCAGGGCGCGUGCUGGACACCGCCGACUAUGUCACCCCCCCGCAGGGCACUUCGGUGUUCGUGGUGGUCACCAAGCAGAUCCUGACAGAGAACCAGGUGCAGAGCGUCUGCCCCGAGAACGAGGCCGCCUUCCGUUGCAGCAGUGACCACGACUGCCACCGGCCGAGCCCCACCCUGGGCAGCGGGCUGCUGACGGGGCGCUGCGUCCCCUACAACCGCACGCUGCGCACCUGCGAGAUGCGGGGCUGGUGCCCGCCCGAGGAGGACACGGUGGACGCCCCCGUGAUGCUGGAGGCCGAGAACUUCACCCUCUUCAUCAAGAACAGCAUCCGCUUCCCGCUCUUCGGCUUCGAGAAGGCCAACCUGCCACCCCCCGGCAGCGGCACCAGGCUGGGGCGAUGCCGCUUCCACCCCGAGCGUGAGCCCCUGUGCCCUAUCCUGCGCCUCGGGGACAUCGCGCGCCUUGCCGGGCACGACUUCGCCACGCUGGCCACCACUGGCGCGGUGUUGGGCAUCAAGAUCGCGUGGGUCUGCGACCUGGAUCGUGGCGCCGAGAGGUGCCUGCCCCGCUAUUCCUUCACACGCCUCGACGGUCUGGGCCAUGCACCCGCGUCCGGCUACAACUUCAGGCACGCCCGCUAUUACCGCUGGCCGGAUGGCACGGAGCGCCGCACACUCACCAAAGCCUUUGGCAUCCGCUUUGACGUCCUGGUCUAUGGCAGUGCUGGGAAGUUUGCCAUCGUCCCCACCCUUGUCAACGCGGUGGCCGCGUUAACCUCCAUCGGCCUGGGCACGGUACUAUGCGACAUCAUCCUGCUCAACUUCCUCGAGGGCGCUGAGCGCUACAAGGCCCACAAGUUUGAGGAGGUGCCGGCGCCCGGCGAGCCUGUGCCCCACGGCAGCCCCACAGCCGCUGGCACCCACGGCCAGUGCUGCAGCAACACGGCCUCCCCCGCGCCCUAAGCCUGCACCGUGGGGCAGUCCUACACACCAUGAGGCAGAACCCUGCGCCGUGAGGCAGACCCACAUGCUGUGGGGCAGCCCCCUGCCCGCACCGCACUGCCGGACCCCCCUGCCCCACAGCCGCCACCCCCUGCCCCAUGCUGCCAGGGGCACGGGGGAUGGGGGGGACACUGGGGGCCAUGGGGUGGCACUAGGAGUGAUGGGGGACAUGGGGGUCCCAGCGCCAUCCCAGUGUCCCCCAUGCCCCCCAGUCCCAUACCAGUGCUCCCAGUACCCCCUAAUAAACCCUUGCUCCCAGCACCCUUUGCUCUCCAUCAGUGCGGGGGGGGGGGUGAUUUUGGGGAGAUUUGUGGGGUUUGGGGGGGCAGGGGGUGUGGGGUGAUGC